AUGGAUCUAAUGAUCAUUGUUGCAGCAUGUCUGACCAUAGCAAUUUUGUAUGCCACUACCAAAAUGGUCCAAAGGAGAACUCUGCCCGAAACUAAGCAGGGACCUUCACUCCCACCUGUAGUGAGCACAGUUUCAUUGCUUGCAUAUGUGCCGACGCUUGUAAGAAGUGGUCUACCGGCUGUGAUCGAUCACCUGCACACGAAGCUGGGUAGCGUGUUCACGAUGAGUCUUUUUGGGCUCAAGAAGGUGACGUUUCUGGUCGGACCAGAGGUGACGGCUCAUUUUUUCCAAGGCUCGGAAUCAGAGAUCAGGCAGUCCAGUAUCUACAAAGUCACGGUGCCCGUUUUUGGGCGAGGGGUUCUGUACGACGUGGACUUGGCUACCAGGAGCAGGCAGAUCAGCUUCUGUAUCGACUCCGUAAAGCCCAUGAACUUGAGAGGCCAUGUUGAUUCUAUGGUUCAUGAGGUGGAGGACUACUUUGCACAAUGGGGGCAACACGGUGUGGUGGACAUAAAGCACGAGAUGGGGCAUCUCAUCCUGCUCAUAGCAAAUCGAUGCUUGCUUGGAAAACAGUUCCGAGAGAAUGUGUUCGACGAAGAGGUAUCCACACUCGUCCACGAGCUCUUCGAGAACGGCUUCCACUUGAUUAGCCUCUUCUUCCCGCACCUCCCUAUCCCGCCGCACCGUCGACGUGACAAAGCCCGUGCCAAGCUGGGGGAGAUCAUCCACAAGGUGGUGAGGUCACGCAGGAGCUCAGCAGCUGGCCGCGCCGCCGAGAACGACGAUGUGCUGCAGAGAUUCAUGGACUCCAAGUACAUCAACGGCCGCUCCAUGACCGAGAGCGAGAUCGCCGGGCUACUCGUGUGCCUGAUGUUCACCGCGCAGCACACGAGCUCCAGCGCCAGCACCUGGACUGGAGCCUGCCUGCUCAGCCAUGGCGGGAGCAGCUACCUGGCAGCUGCCGUCGAAGAGCAGAAGCGGGUCAUGGAGCGACACGGCGAGCGCGUCGACUACAGCGUCCUGCAAGAGAUGGGCACCCUGCAUUGCUGCAUCAAAGAGGCGCUGAGGCUGCACCCUCCGGCGAACUUGCUGAUCCGCCACGCGAGCAAGGGCUUCAGCGUGCGAACAAGAGAAGGCGACAGAUUUGACAUCCCCAAGGGGCAUACCCUAGCGACCUGUACGACGGUGGGCAACAGGCUGCCGUACAUCUACAAAGAUCCUCAUGUGUAUGAUCCCAGCAGGUUUGGUCCGGGGAGAGAGGAGGACAAAGUUGGCGGCAAGUUCUCGUAUACACCCUUUAGUGCUGGGAGGCACGCUUGCUUGGGAAAGGAUUUUGCUUACAUGCAGAUUAAGGUGAUAUGGACCCAUUUGCUUAGAAACUUUGAGCUUGAGUUGAUCUCCCCUUUCCCGGAGGAAGAAUGGGAGAAGUUAGCUCCAGGGCCUAGACGUAAAGUGAUGGUUAGUUACAAGAGGCGAAGACUGCUGCCGUGA